ACUGAACUAAACUUAAACCCCCCAAGGAAGCAACCUCCCCUCUCCUCCUCCUCCCCUGCUCGACUCUCCUCUCCUCUCUGACCUCACCAGCUGGACUUUCCCUGAAUCCCCCCUCUUUCUUCCUCUCUCUCUCUCUCUCUCUCUGUUUGGUUGCCUUUUUUAAAAACCAGCGACCCCUCCCAAUUGAAGUUAAGCUCUGUUUGUGCUUUUUCCCAGCUCGCACUCUCCUCGCAAACCAGUACACUGGGGCUGACAACUCCACUCUGCUUCCAUCAUUACACUCCCUUUUGACAAUUUCGCAGCAACCGCCAUUAUUUCGGCUUUAAGGUCAUUUACUUUAGUCAAAUUAGUGAAUCACCCACCUCGGUCGCCCCCUUUCAAUUCCUUAAUUCCCCUGCUUCCUUCUUCUUAUUUUUUGAGCGGGGGAGUCGGCUAUUGGACUCUUAGUUAAUCAGUUUCUCGAUAGUUUGCUAUGGCCUUUAACGCCGACCUGCCAGACGAGGAGGACUUGCUGCUGCCCCCUCACUUGCUCCUCGACGGCGACGAGAAAGGCGUCGGUCCUAACGGGUACGCCUCUUCCGGGUCGAACUCCUCUGGCUCGAGCUCGCCGGAGAGCGACGACGACGAUUACAUUGUUCAGUUGGCUCACGAGAUGGCUCGCAACAUGCUCCAGGAAGACGACUACAACGCCGCCCCAACCGUUCGAUCUGAGAAUCCCAAGCUAUGGGGGUUCGGGAGCUGCGGAAAGCCAAAAGGGUCGCCGCCUGCGAUCGACGACGUCGCCGGAAAAUUAGAGAAUAUGAGCUUGGACGACAAAUGGUCCGCCUACCAGAAGCCUGCGCACGUUGGAUCAUUUGAUUCCCGUCUGCUCCACGAUCGGACACGGGCCAUUCGAUUUUAUCAGUUGAAACAAGAGCAGCUGAUGAGGGAACAGGGCCGCGGAUGCUGGGGAAGAAGACGAGUUCAGAAAGCAGAGCAAAUGGAUCCGAAUUUUCAUAACCUCCGGAAUGUGCGAGACGGGGACAGAGCUUGCAAUGGUUGCAUCACUGGGCGUAGAGCGCAGAAUCAUGUUCGGCGGAGGCAGCCGGUGUCCGGGGAGGGUAUGCGGGCGGUUUUCCUGGGCGGGUCGGGUUCGAAGGGCGGGUCGUGUGGGACGGGCGUUUUCUUGCCCCGUGGAGUGGGCAACGACCGUGAGUGGCGCAAGAAACCAGGAUGCUCAACAGCCCUCCUACCAGCAAGAGUGGUUCAGGCACUAAAACUCAAUUUAGACCAAAAGGGUUUUCUAUCUAGCCCGUCCAGCCAAACCGAAAUUACCCACCAGCACGGAGAAAGGUCACUGGGCGGCCAUGGCCACGGCCAGGCAGAGGAGGAGCACUGCAGGGGGAGGGCGGCGGCCAUAAACCGCUGUCAUCAUCAAGAGAUGGGUCUUCCUCAAGAGUGGACGUAUUGAUGAAGCGGUCGGUCGAUGGGUACAUACAUAUGUGAGAUCUUUGAAUUAACAACAAUAAUAACAAAGAAUGGAAAUUGCAAUUGUCUGUGUGUGGUCUGUGGGAGGAGGUGUACGUGUUUGCAUGCAUGAUCUACGGAGAGGAUGAAACCAAAAUAAAGAGGACGGAUGAAAUGGAAAAGGUAAGGUAGGAGGGGUGGGGUUAGCUAGUCGCGGGGAAAGACUAAUUAAGAAGGGCUCGUCCGUCUACUGCGGCUAUCCGCCGAAAGCCGAUAGAUAGCCUACUCCGACCAAAAAGCCGCCGCUGAUCAUCGCUGUUCUGUUUUCUUCCUUUUUGAAAAUAUUAAUUUGUAAUGGACGGCUGAAAUUGAGGAGACUGGUGGAGUAGAUAAAUAAAUAAAUAAAUGUCAUUGAAUUGAUGAGGACGAAGCUGGGUAGGUUCUGCUGUCCUACCUAGAUUUGCAUUAUGGGCUCAGAUAUUUGCCACUUGCCACUGUUAUUUUAUAAUCAGUUCCAUCUAAUUAAUAAUUCCUCUCU